AUGACCCCCUUCCUACCUGUGGGGAGGCUCACAGUAUAUGUCGCCUCCGACGAGCCAACCCACCCCCGCCGAGGCUGGUCCCCGGCAGAUUGGCGCCCAACGUGGGGCCCGCAGAUUGGCGCCCAACAGGCUGGGCUGGUGUCAGAGCACUUCUCGCAAGCCCCCCAGAAGCUGACACCCUACAGCUGGUAUGGCAGCGCCAGGCUCUUCCACUUCCGGGUGCCUCCAGAGACUGUGCUGCUGCGGUGGGUGCUGCAAGUGUCCCGGGGCGGUGGCCCUGCCUGCACGAACUUGGAGGUCACUGUGCAUUUCCGCUAUGGUGCCCCUCCCGUCAUCAACCCCCUGGGGACCAGCUUCCCGGACAACACCUCGGUGCCGCCCUCCUUCCAGGUCAAGGUGCUGCUGAGCAACACCUCGGUCAAUAUCUCCCACCCGGCACCAGGGGACUGGUUCUUGGCAGCCCACCUGCCCCCCUCGUCCCAGAAGAUCAUGGUGAAGGGCUUCAUUCCCACCUGUGCCUACAUCUUCCAGCCUGACAUGCUGGUCAUGCGAGUGGUCCAGGUCUCAAUCAUGGAGCCCGAUGUACCCCUUCCGCAGACCCUCCUUUCUCACCCCAGCUACCUCAAGGUCUUCAUCCCCAAAUACACCCGGGAGCUGCGGGUGGAGUUGCAGGACUGCUCCUCCAAUGGCAGCCUGGGCUGCCCUGUGCGGCUCACCGUGGGCUCCACCACUCUGCCCAGCAGCUUCCAGAAGGUGCUGUCCUGCACCAGCCCCACCUGGCCCUGCCACCUGCUGCUGUCUUCACCACCCUGGGACCGGUGGCUGCAGGUGACGGCUGAGAGCCUCGUGGGGCCCCAUGCAUCUGUGGUCUUCAGUGCCGUGGCUGCCCUCACAGCCUGCAGGCCAUGGAGCACGACCUUCCAGCGCCUUCCACAGAGCAGCCUGAACCGGAGCUCUAAUGCCUCAGCUGUCCAGCUGUUCCUGGGCCCCAGCCCCCAAGACCUGGGCAGGAGCGGCAGGGUGGGCACUGGCCCCUUCUGCAUCCUGAGUUACCCAGUCACAAGGGAGGACAUGGAUGUGAUGUCUGUGCGCUUCCAGCCCCUGGACAGCGUGUCGGUGCCGGUGCAUCCAGGCACGCCCUCCAUGCUGCAGCUCCGCCUUAACACGGGCAUGGACAGUGGGGGCUCCCUCACCAUCUCUCUGAGGGCCAACAAGACAGAGAUCGCAGAGGGCACCUUGGUAGCAGCCUGUGUGAAUGCCGCCUCGGCCUUCCUCACCUUCAGCGUCUCACUCAACUGCACCACAGCCUUCUUCCAGGGCUACCGCUUGUCCCUGCACGCCUCCUCACACUCGGCCAGUCUCGUCGUCCCCUUCCCUGAGACAGACGACUGGUACCUCUCUCUGCAGCUCCUGUGCCCCGAGAACCCUGGGGGCUGCGAGCGGACGGCAGUCCGCGUGGAGACCACCAUGUACCUGGUGCCCUGCCUGAACGACUGCGGCCCCUACGGCCAGUGCCUGCUGCUGCGCAGGCAUAGCUACCUGUACGCAGGUUGCAGCUGCAAGGCAGGCUGGCGCGGGUGGAGCUGCACGGACAACAGCACAGCCCAGACCAUGGUCCAGCAGCGGGUGGCCACGCUCCUGCUGACCCUCAGCAACCUGGUGUUCCUGGCCCCCAUCGCUGUGGCCACACACCGCUCGCUCCUGGUGGAGGCCUCUGUCUACGCCUACACCAUGUUCUUCUCCACGUUCUACCACGCUUGCGACCAGCCGGGAGAGGCGGCGCUGUGUAUCCUGGGCUAUGACACGCUGCAGUACUGCGACUUCCUGGGCUCCGGGGUAUCCACGUGGGUCACCAUUCUCUGCAUGGCACGGCUGAAGGCCAUCCUAAAACAUGUCCUGUUCCUCCUGGGCACCCUGGUCAUCGCCAUGUCCUUGCAGCUCGACCGCAGGGGCAUCUGGAAUAUGGUGGGGCCCUGCCUCUUCGCCUUCGUGAUCAUGGCUUCCAUGUGGGUGUACCGCUGUGGGCACCGGCGCCAGUGCUACCCCACGACCUGGCAGCGCUGGGCCUUCCACCUCCUGCCUGGCAUCGCCAUGGCCUCUCUGGGCAUUGGCAUCUACACCUCCAUGAUGACCGUCGACAACUACUACUACACACACAGCAUCUGGCACAUGCUGCUGGCGGGGAGCGUGGCAUUGCUGCUGCCGCCCCGCGAGGGGCACGCCGAGCCCUGUGCCUGCUCGCCCAAGUUCCCCUGCCACUACCAGAUCUGCAGGAACGACCGGGAUGAACUAUACACGGUGACGUGA